GAAAAGCUUCAAUCCCCACCGUCCUCCAUCCUGAACAUGACCGACAAUUUGGUCAAUGACCACCUGGCAGAGCUAUUUGGGUACAUCAGUAUAGCAUGCUGGGUUGUUGUAUUAACACCACAAAUAUACCUUAACUAUCGCAACAAAACUGGAGACGGCAUUUCUUUCAAUUUUUUGCUCCUAUGGUUGAUUGGAGAUAUCAUGAACAUUUUGGGCAUUAUAUUACAAAAAUUGAUGUUCACAGUGUUUCUCCUUGGUGUGUAUUACAUACUGAGCGAUGCCAUCAUUGUUCUUCAAGUUCUCUAUUAUCGAAGGACCUCAUCAUACCACCCACUUAACGAUCAUGGCGAAAUCCUAUCCGAUGCUUAUGGAUCAACGACUUCGCCGGCCGACAACGACGCGACCAUGUUUGAGAUGAUCAAGUGCGAAAAUAAACAAAAACGAGUAGUCAAACGAAUAGCCACAUUCUGGGUAGCAACAGCAACGUUUAUUACUGGUUCGAUUGUCUGCGUGAUAUGGUCCUUGUGGCCAACAGGAUCUCCGACAGAUGUGGACUUGAGCCAACUCAAACUGAUUCCUCAACUACUUGGCUGGACAAGUGCGUCGUUCUAUAUCUUCAGCCGGAUACCUCAAAUUCUCAAAACGUUUAGAGAUGAAUCGGUUGAAGGAUUGAGCAUCGGCAUGUUUGUAUUCAGCGUGGUAGGAAACAUCACAUUUGCCAUCUCUAUCGUUUUGAAAUCCCAAGACCCUACUUACAUUGCAAUCAAUAUGCCCUGGCUCUACGGCUCUGCUGGAACAUUAUUUUUUGAUUUUACGAUUUUUCUUCAAUUCCACCUUUAUCGAAAACCUGAAACUAUUUUGGCAUGAUCUACAUCGGACAGAUCAAGAAGCAGCCAAAAAAAAUUUUUUUGUGGGACGAUGACACCCGAAAAAAAAAAGAUGUAGGUAGUGCAAGCGAAAUUUAGUUUGGACUAUGAGAGUUUAUAGAGUGUAUUAUAGUGAUUUGUAGAGA